AUGGAGCGCGCACGACUGCGGCGGGUGCCGUUUCGCGCUAUGGCAAGAACGGCUUCGCCAGACAUCCGCCCGGGAGACGAAGGCCAAGCGCCGAUCGACGCCGCGUCUCUUGCUGCAGACAGCAGACCCCUCCCCUCGUCGGACCAUCGCUCCAAGAGGCGAGGGCAGCUGCGGAAGUCCGCCGCAGCGACCGCAGAGGGGGCGAAUGGUCGGGCUGCGUUGCUGGUCGCGAUGCUCGUGGCCGCCUCCGCGGCUGUGUACCGAUUCAUGCUGUGCCGAGCGACUUUAGCGGUAGAGCGAGGCGCACAAGGCACCAGCAGCGGCGUCGGCCCUCAGUCCCGCCGACGCCUCGCCGCGGGGAAUGGAGAGGACGGAGGCGAGGACGGCGAUGCUGACAGUGCAUGUCGUCAACUGGCAGCGAUCGAAGCUGCAGCAUUGAGAGAUGUUUUGGUAGACGCCUACGUAGAUCAUCUUCGCGCGAACUAUGUUGGCAGCGGGAUGGGUGAAUUGGAGGCGACAAUGCGGGCCGUAGAGGAGGCGACAGUAGUUUCCGACGACGCACUGAAGGAAACGAGGGCUUGGGUAGUCGCUUUGGGAAAUUCAGAAGAGUUAUCGCGCAAGAUCCAAGAAGAAUUGGUGAUGCCUGCCGACGCCGAGAUGCGAGCACUUACUGGGGACCAACUGGAGGUCGGAGAGACGUUUCUGUCCGCCCCCUUCAGCCCCGAAUCGGGCGGACCGAGUCGCGGAUACUAUGAGACUCGGCAGGCAGGAUGGCUGUCCUCUGGCUUGAGCCCCCUGGACCUGGACAGCGUUAACCCGCCUGCGGACAGCGAGUGGGGGAAAGCAAUAUCUGACCGUCUAGAGAAGAACAUCUCGCGCGAAGCACAGCGCCUGGCGGUGAUUCACAUGGGACAGCACACGAGGAGUGCGAGAGACAAGGUUGCUCGCUCCUGGUUUCCCACCGAUAAAGAGCUCGAGAAAUCAAUCAGGAAACUCCUUAUCAGUUCUGGAGCUGAAGCUUUCGAAGCUGUUGUUGCUGCACAGCUGCUCGCGUCUCCUGCGCUGCGACUCUUCGCGAAAGGCCUCGAAAAGCAGGAACAGAGCGCCCUCUGGGGAGUCACCGCCGCUCAGGAGGUCACCAUGCUGUCGGAGAAGGAAAACUGGUCGCACGAGGAGUUUGAGCGCAAACUCAAAGAACGUCUUGGUACCCCCCCUCCACCGUCGUGGGACGUCGGUCCAUCGGACGAAUUGCUUGUUUGGAUUGGACAAACCGUUCUGGGAGCCCAAGUGGCGGAAGCGGAGGAAACCGAAGCCCCUUCGCGCGCCACUGCCCCCGACGGGCCGGACGCCACACCAAGCAGGGCAAGUCCCGACGAGUCUUCAGAGGGAACACAGGGCCUGCGAGACCCGCAGAUGCCAGCGCAAGCUGCGACGGCAGACCGCCAGGAGAGCGCCUCAGUUGUUUCCCAAGGAAUGGAGCAAGCUUUCACGCGUGCUGAACUCAACGCACUGGAGGUGCUGAUGCCCGAUCUGCGGGCAGUCGUCCAACAGGCGCUGUCUACCGUAGAGGAAGCCCCGACCGCUGAGGAGACGGCCGAUCAAAUAAAGGUGGUCGUCUUUUAUACAGUUGGAGAGAGGGAGUUUAUACGUGCUCACGAGAGGCAGGUGAAAAUCACGGCUCGGCAUCCAUUGGCAGAGGAGCAGUGA